UUGUUGAAACCGGCUACAGAUGAGAAACUGACAGUGAUGAUUAACGAGAUCGAUGCGUUUGGUGACAGAAGCAUAAGUUAUGAGGAGUUCAGUAUGAUAAGUGCGGCGUUUGGUCUGCCGUCGUGUGACGAUGAGUUGAGAGGUGCGUUUGAGGUGUUUGAUGCGGAUCACGACGGUUUGAUAACGGCGGAGGAGUUGUAUGAGGUGUUUAAGUUGAUCGGAGAUGGACGGUGCACGUUAGAGGAGUGCAUGCGUAUGAUAAGUGGUGUUGAUAAGAAUGGGGAUGUGGUUGUCUGUUUUGAGGACUUUGUGGUUAUGAUGGAACAGCAGAGAUGAUGAGAGAU